AUAAAGCACGGUAAGUCUUCGAGUUUCAACCAUCGAGUACUGUUCAUUUCCUAGUGUUGUUAAAGUGACGAUGUCGUAAACGAAUUUUUCGAUUAAUUAUUUAAAUAAAUAAAAAAUAUUAAGGUGUGACCAUCGUUGAUAUAUUCGCGAGCCUGUAUUAAUUUUUUUUUACCAAUUUUUUUCUCAAAUAAAUCAAAUUUUUUCGUUUUAAAUAAGUUAUACAUGUGUUGAGCAAGAUUUUCUUAGGAAACCAGUUGUAUUAAAAAUUACGUUUUAAUUUUGAUUUGAUACCUACCUAUUACACACACCGCAGUAGAUAUCAAUCGACUAAUUGCUAAUUUAUCUAGAAGCAACAAAAUGAUGAGCAAAGAACGCUUGUACAACAUGAGGAGGCUUACAUGUAUCGGCGUGAAAUAAUGCACAUUAGCUCUGGUGACACUUGACCGAUACGAUGCUAAUUAUCAAACCCACACCACCAUGGUGUGAUAUGUACAAUAUACUGUUAACUUUGAUGGCAUUUUGGUGGUUUUGCCGGCUGUGCUUAGCAAUGAAAACACUUUGCGACUCGGAUGCCUGUCAAUGUGAUAAUAUUGGAAAGAUAUCGUGUAUAUGCAAGUACCCUAAUCAGAACUUGGAAAUCUCGAGGAACAGCGUGAAUCAAUUACUACCGAUGACAAGUUCGGUGCUGGUAAAAGAUUGCGACGUUUUGUUGAUCAGACGUAAAUCGUUCGAAGAUUUACGAAGUCUGUUACGUAUCAACGUCGUAAACGUACGUAAUAUAUCGUUAGAAGAACACUCGUUCAGUUGGAACGAUAGUGCCAUAUACGAGACAUAUCCUUACAACGGUAUCGACAUCGGUAUCGAGAACUCCAGCCUAGAACUACCCAAUUACACGUUUCGAGGUAGAAUAGAUACGAUGGUUUUCACCCAGGUACGUUUCGAAAACAUCAAAUCGUACGCGUUCUCUAGUCUGGCCGGCAGUAAAUCGAUCACGUUUCGAAAUUGCGACUUUAUCAAUGUGGAAAACCAAGCUUUCAAGAAGUUCACCUUGGACCGAAUGAAUAUAAUUGGCGGCCGGGUCAACGCCAUUUUACCCAGUCGAACCCUUACCGAUAUCUCAAUUAAGACGGAAUUCCUGAUUAACGGCGUUGUGUUUAAUCGUAUCCGAAGCUCGGCAUUUCGUAUCAAUGGUCCUCAAACAUUCCACAUACAGAACUGCUACAUAUCGCAUUUAGAAGGCGAAGCUUUCGUGGCUCGUUUACGAGGUCCGGCUUUCAUAGACGAUAAUGUAUUUCACGCCGUCGAACAAGGCGCCUUCAUAGGGAUCACCGUCGAAAGGGAGAUAUCCGAUAUAUCUGGUCGUCAAGAAUUCAUAUUCGAAAACAAUACGAUUUCGGAUGUGCAAAAGUCCAGCCUGUUAUUCGACAUAGGCAGCUUUACACCGAAACUAGAUUGGAUAUAUUUUAAUAAAAUAUGCGACUGCGAAUCGGUCGAUCAUUGGAUAUCGGACGUGGUAAUGUAUUCCCAAAACUACCCGAUCGAUAAAGUCAGACCUAACAUACUGUUAGACGAAAUAAUGUCGUGUAAAACGGACGCCCAGUACAUGAGGUUGAAAGAUUUCAAAACAGGCUACUGCGAAGAACAGGCCCACGCAGCUUUCAUAUUGAUAAGCUUCGCUAUGGUCGCGGUCGCUGUAAUAAUCCUGAUGCUAUUUUUUUACGCGUACUGGUUCAGAGAACGACGAUCCAGAUGGAUGAACGUAUCUCAAUCGUCUCCUCUGCACGAACCAGUCGAUCAAACUUUCCAGCAACGAUCGCCCUGCUACGAAGAACCAUCGACUAGUCGUCAAAGAUCCAUAGUGACCCCGGAUCGUAGACUGUACAAAGAAACCGAACUCCAAGUCAUCGUCGAAUGCACCGAACCCCUUCAAGAAUGCACUAGUCGAAUCGCCACCGAACGAGUCACCACCAGGUAUGAACCUGUAGAGUAUCGAAGUCGAAGCAGAAACGCCGGAUAUCGAAGAAAUCUGCUCACUAGUGAUUUAUAAAAAUAAAUUUCCAAAGCUUUUUGGAGGACAUAUUUAUAACGACGUUGUAUUUUAAUAUCGUCGCGAUUUUUUACUGCCCUCGUCGCGAAUUUUGUAAUCGAAAUUGAAUUAAAAUGAAAUUUCAAAAGACGAGAAACGAAUGAACCUCGUGGAUGUGAAAUUUGAAAACUAAAAAAAAAUGCCCCUUUGAGCGAGUGGUAUUAUCGGUGUAAAAGAUGUGAAAAAUAAAGAACGCUAGGAGAACGAGUUACCUAUUCAGCAUAGACUGUUCCCUCCCCACUUCCCUUUCCUUUUCUUCCGAAAACUCACCAAUUAAAAUCGACUCGUUGAAAAUUGCAUUUUUUUAAUACUUCCUACUACAUGAAUGCAGAGUGCAGACGUAGGGAAAAAAUAUGCAAUUCCGGUGAAUUUUCAAUUUUUUUUUUUUUUUUUUUGGUUCACCUUUUUACACGUUCCUUAUACCAAAUGAUCUCUCUGGUCUAAAAUUUUAUUAUAUAAAUAUAGGUAAUUUAAUGAACAAGUUUUUAUUAUUGGUAUUUUAUUUUUAAUCUUGUAAGUUUUUUCGAAAUCAGUUUUGUCUCGUUUUGCUUUUAUUUUAUUUAUUUUUGAUUUUUUUUUUUACCGUGUUACGACGUGGUAUAUUUUUACACCUGUUUAUGUACCUAAUGCUUGGAAAAUUGUAUACAAAAAUUAUGGCGUUAUUUGUUCGCUUUUUCAUAACUAAGAUAAUCGUUUUGAAUAAAAUAGCGUUGCUUCGUC